AUGUUAAAUCGAAAUCAAACAACAUUUGGUAUUGUUACAAUUGUUUCUACUAUAUUUAUAUUUAUUUACAAUCGAACAUCUAUAAAUAAUAAAAAUCUUUCACAUUAUCAAACUCAUAAUGAUUUACCUGAAUAUUCCAAAGAAUUUAAUGAACUUCGUCAUGAUAUGAAUGAUUUAAAAAAUAAAAUCUAUUAUAUUGAACAAACAAUUACAUCAUCAAAAUUUUCAAAUACAUUUAUCUUAUGGAUACAAAAUAUAUUUUCAUAUUUUACAUUUUUAUCAUCUUCAUUUAUAAUUUAUACAGUUUUUCUUUAUCUCUUUCAUUUAUGUGUAUUUAAUACAUCAACAACACAGACUAUUAAAUUAUUACAUAUUGUAAAUAUAAUAUCUUAUUCAGUCAUAUCGAUAUUAUAUACAUCAUUGAAACAAUUUCAUUUAACAAAUUUUGCAUGGCUACUUUUUGUUUUCUUAUUUGUUCGUCUUUGUAUACGUUAG